CUCAGUGGUGGACUACAUCUUGUGGAGUGUGCCGUGGAAAACUACAGCAAGCCUAGACAAAGGGUAGAGAGGAACAGCAGAGAGACUGGAGAGGAGGACGAGCUAGCAAGGGGAGUGAGUGCUGCUCCCCUCAUCGCUCUCCUACUCUCCACACUACAGCAGUCAGCUCUUGUUACCUCUGGGCUCCCUGUGAUGUCAUGCCAAUUCAUUGUGUCAAGAAAUGAAUAGUUGCUCCUCCUGCUUGGAUCUCAGACGCUGCCCGUGCAGGCUUUCUGCUUUCACAAAGAGUGCGCCUCACUUUAGCGUCAGCAACCUUAAAUUCCAUUAUUUCAUUAUUGCAUUCUUUUGUAACAUGGCUGUGCUAGGCUCAGACGUACGCGCGCACAGGUGCGGUUCGCUGGCGGCCAUGAGCGGAAUACUGAAGAGGAAGUUUGAGGAGGUGGAGGGGGCGUCGCCAUGCUCGUCGCUGAGGGAGUCGGAGGAGGAGGAGGAGGAGGUGUCGAGCAGUGAAAGCGGACACAGUAGUGACAGCGUCAACCCCUCAGCCUCCCCCUUUACCCCCUCGUCCAUCCUUAAACGGGAGAAGCGGAUGAGAACACGACGUGUGCACUUCGAGAAGGUGACAGUGUAUUACUUCAGCCGAAGGCAGGGCUUCACCAGCGUGCCCAGCCAGGGCGGCAGCACCCUGGGCAUGUCCAGCCGCCACAGCUCCAUACGCCACUACACGCUGGGCGAGUUCGCCAAAGAGCAGGAGCGCCUCCACCGCGACAUGCUGAGGGACCACCUGAAAGAGGAGAAGCUCAACUCCAUCAAGCUCAGGCUGACCAAGAACGGCUCCGUCGAGUCAGAAGAGGCCAGCGCCCUCACGCUGGACGAUAUUUCUGAUGACGACCUGGACCUGGACAAUACGGAGGUGGACGAGUACUUCUUCCUGCAGCCGCUGACCACAAAGAAAAGGCGGGCCCUGCUGCGUGCGUCCGGCGUCAAGAAGAUCGAUGUGGCGGAGAAGCAUGAGCUGCGCGCCAUCCGAGUGUCGCGAGAGGACUGCGGCUGCGACUGCAGGCUCUUCUGCGACCCAGAGACGUGCGCCUGCAGCCUGGCGGGCAUUAAGUGCCAGGUGGACCGCAUGUCGUUUCCAUGUGGCUGCACUAAAGAAGGUUGCAGCAACGCAGCCGGCCGGAUUGAGUUCAACCCCAUCCGCGUGCGCACGCACUUCCUGCACACCAUCAUGAAGCUGGAACUGGAGAAGAGCAGGGAACAGCAGCAGAGCUCCGCCCCUGCUCCCGCCCCCGCCAGCAACGGUUACCACAGUGACACUAACGGCCACUGCAGCCCGCUGGCACCCGGCCAGCACACUCUGGAAUAUUCUCUCCCCGAUCCCAUACAGCAGAGCGCCAUCAUGCACCUACAAGCUGUAGACGACAUGGAUGAAGCUCUGGAAGAGGAAGAGGAGGAGGAGGAGGAGGAGGAGGAGGAGGAAGACGAGGAAGAUGACGACGAAAACGAGGAUGAAGACGAUGAAGACGAGAGCAGCAGCUUGUGUAGCUUGUCGGACUCGAGCACACAGAGCCUGGCGAACAGUGAUUCGGAGGAGGAGGAGGACGUGGACGACGAAGACAAAGCCGAGGACUUCGAGGACGGACUGAGCGCUGCUCCCGCGUCGCGCAGUGAGGCGGUUCCUUCAGCCUCUGUGAUGUGCUACUCCGAGAGCACAGGCACGCAGGAGAACCAAACCAACGGCAACUCUUACUUCAUCAGCUCCUCGGCCGAGUACUACCAGAUGGAGAACGCCACCGCUGCUUCUGUUUUAGCCGCUGCUAAUCAGGCUAGCGAGAGCUACGUGGCAGACUCGACCUCGUAUCCAGACAGGGUUAACAACACUAAUGGAGUGAUGACACAGGGACCCUUUAGCUUGACCAAUGAGCAUUACACUGGCUACUCGCAACCACCCGACGAACAGUACACCAAUCACCAUUUCACGCUCACUAAUGGCUCCUCGGCCAUGAUCAGCAACUGUGAACCGGAACAGGACAAAAACGUCCAGUCGAAAGGAACUUUCCACGCCCAGUCAGGAGAGCUGGGCCAGAUGGAGUUCCAAAACUAUCUGAACAAUAACACGCAAGAUGGAUACACAAGUAACGGGAACUGUUUUGUGGUAAAGCAGCAGAAGGAGGUGCCGCACAGCCUCUCUGAGGUUUCCUCUUUAACAGAUACCACGAAAGGACCUGCAAUGCUGGAGUCUUUCGCCGAGCCCACCCCAGUUUAAGUACCCAUGCUACAUCCACAAGGCGGAGAAACAUGCCCCAAGUCUCUUUUAAUCGGUAAGGUAUUAAGUGUUUGAUUUGGACCACACAGACUGAAAGAAUGACCUUUUGUUCUUCACUUGACAGUUUAAUUUGAACACGUUGAUCCCAUAUGCCAUUUGCAAGAAGGAUUCAUAUGUAUUUUUCAAAGAGCUACACACACACACACACACACACAAAACCCCCCCAGUAAUUUAAAGUGCAAACUGAAGAUCAGAUAAACUGUAAGCUUUAGGCCUGUGCAAUGUACCUUGUAUUUCAGAAGUAAAAGUUCUAGUUUUGAGCAGAUAUUGUGGAUAGAACUUUUUUAUGUCCGUGUGUCAGUUGUGAAAAAAGAAAAAAAAAAGUUGCUGUUCAAUAAUAUGUUCGGAAAACAAUGUGUAUACUUAAUUGUUUUGAUAAAAAAGGCAUGUUAUUUUGUAGCUUUGGUUGGCAAUUUAUGUUUUUUGUAAGAAUCUGCAUUGAUGUACUGUAAAAAAAACAAAAAAACAAACAGAUUGAGUUCUCGUUGUUACAUAUGUACAUCAUGCUUUUAAAGCACUUGUAAAAGCAUGACGCCAGCUCUUAAAAUGUUCGCUGUUUUUGCCUUUGAUUACAAAUACCAAAAUCACAAGAUUUAAGUUGUGAAUAGAACACAUUUCAUGUAAACGAUGCACUUUUUCAGGGGCUGAUGCCACACAGAAGGGCAGGUAGCCUUUAGCAGAGCACUGAUGAGGUGGGCUUUCUCUUACGGUCCCAUUCCUUAUGCCAACACACAACAUUCAGGUUUUGAAGAGUGAGAGAGAGGGCACGUUCUUAAUUUCACCAUUUCCAGCUGUCGUAUUUGGAACUAUACAGGGACAUCUGAUGAAAUGCACUUUGAAAAGUAUUAAGUUAAUUGUUAUGAGGCAUUGCAUAGCUUUGAAAUUAAAUUAUGAUUUAUAACAGUAUUUAAAUAAUAAAACUGUGAAGUCUAUAGAAACGCAAGUAGAAUGGCUAGAUUUGUAGAAAAGUUAUUAUUACAUAACUAAUCAUGUUGAGAAGAACCAGAGAUUUGGUGCUUAAAAACAGUAUCGAUUUCUCACACAUUAUAGUAAAAAUUAUGGCUAGAGAGUAAUUUUCCUCUUUAAUACUGUCUAGUUGAAAAAAUAGAUUUUGUAAGGGAGGAAUUGCUCACAAUUUGGUAGUAACGCUGAAGCGUACUGAAUGGAUAUCUGAUCAUCCAAUGACGAUAUAUGAACAAAUGAUCAAUUCAUUAUAUGUGAACAAAUGAAUUUAAGAGUAAUUAGUCUAUCAAGUGCAAUAGUGUAACUAAGAUAACUUACAAGCAACAGCUACAUUCAUUUCCAGAGGGUAUUUUUUCCAGAGGUCAGUCGUUCAUCUGCCAACCAGUUAAUUUACUGGCAGCUCUUGAAUUGAAGUCUUAAUUAACGCACAAAUAUUGUGACAUAUCUCGAGUGUGUUUAGAAGAAAUGUAGGCUAUUUUCAAGGGAACAGUUGUUUCUCAAAAAACCAGAAGAUAGGACAAUCAUAUUCCUAUAGUGAUUUUGCCAGUGAACAAGAAUUCCUAUUGGAGGAAAUCAUGCCAUAAAUUACUUUGACUUGUAGAACAAACUCAGAACUUCAGCCUAAAUCACUGAAAAUGAGGAAUUAUUGAAUGUUCCUAAAAGAGGGGGAAAAAGGUUGGAAGGUAAACCGGAGCGUUGCUUUGUUGUGGCUCACUAAAACAUCAAAUGCCUUUUUUUAUGAUGCUUGCAUUUUUUUUUCUUCUGAACGUUCAUUCAUCUGACAUCAUCAGCUGUUGUUCAAUAUCACCUUUGAAGAGAACGUUAUAUUGUUUCUUCGGUCUGUGUUUUUCGCAGUUUCUUUCAUUUACCUCUCGACUUAACGGCAGUGCUCGUAUAACCUCAUUCUUUGUUGGAAUAUGGAUUAUGAAACAAUGUACAGCCUUCAGGCCCGUGGAGCCUGUCCUAUAGCCGUGCCAAAGCUGCUAGCAACAGGCACCCUUCAUCAGAUUGCACCCCCCCAGUUAGAAUUACCAGGACAUUCUGUUUUCAGUAUUUAUUAUGAAUGAUCUAUUGAAAUGUGUAUUUAUUGUGGUUUCCUGAAACAGUAUGUACUUAAUAAAAACCUUUCUUUGCUAAGGUGU